AACUUUAUCCCCUUGUUAAACCCUUCUACAUUCCCCUAUCUUUCCCCAAACCAGUGACUGUUCUAAUGGAGUACUGCUCCAAACCCUAAAUCUUCUAUUCAAUUUCUUGGAAAGAGAAACCCUAAACCUAAUGGCAAUUUCAAUCUCCUCAUUACUACCAAUCCCAUCAAUACACGAUUCCUCCUCUUCUCUUUCUUCUUCUUUAUCACAAUUUAGGGUUCUCAAAUUCUUUUCUAUCAAAUGCCCAUGUCAUCAAAUCACCAAGAAAAGCAAUCUAUCAACAACAAAUGCUGUUUACACCGAAGCUCAGACUUCGACUGCACCGAGAAAAGACACGGUGGAUACCGAGGUCGACGGGAUUUCUCUCCUGAACGAGAGAAUCCGGCGUGAACACCGGAAAAGAGGUGAAGUAUCAUCGAAGAAUGAUAAUUCAAUGAAUAGUGAAGAAGCUGAGAAAUAUAUACAAUUAGUCAAAGAACAGCAACAAAGAGGACUGCAGAAAUUGAAAGGACAUAGACAAGGUGGCAAUGAUGAUGGCAGUAAUCCAAACAAGAGUUUUAAUUAUAAGGUGGAUCCAUAUACGUUACGUGCAGGUGAUUAUGUUGUUCAUAAGAAAGUUGGUGUUGGGAGAUUUGUUGGGAUUAAAUUUGAUGUGCCUAAAGAUUCUACAGCUCCUAUUGAGUAUGUUUUUAUUGAGUAUUCUGAUGGUAUGGCCAAAUUACCGUUGAAACAAGCUUCUCGUUCGCUGUACCGUUAUAGUCUUCCGAAUGAAACGAAGAAACCACGCGCAUUGAGCAAAUUAAAUGAUACGACUGUGUGGGAAAGGAGAAGGAUAAAAGGGAAGAUAGCUGUACAAAAGAUGGUUGUUGAUUUGAUGGAGUUGUACUUAUAUAGGUUAAAACAAAAGAGACCACCUUACCCAAAAACGUCUAAAAUUACUGAGUUCACCGAACAGUUUCCUUUUGAGCCAACUCCUGAUCAAAAACAGGCUUUCAUUGAUGUUGAGAAGGAUUUGACUGAGAGGGAAACUCCAAUGGAUAGAUUGAUUUGUGGAGAUGUUGGGUUUGGUAAAACUGAAGUUGCUUUACGUGCUAUCUAUUGUGUGGUGUCAACACGAAAACAAGUUAUGGUUUUAGCACCAACUAUUGUUCUUGCUAAGCAACAUUUUGAAGUAAUUUCUGAUCGGUUUUCUCGGUAUCCCGAUAUCAAGGUUGGACUUUUGAGCAGGUUUCAGACCAAGGCUGAGAAAGAGGAGUAUAUAACAAUGAUUAAAAAUGGAGAGCUGGAUAUUAUUGUUGGAACUCAUGCACUUCUUGGAAGUCGAGUGGUCUAUAACAAUCUUGGUUUACUUGUUGUUGACGAGGAACAGAGGUUUGGCGUGAAACAGAAGGAGAAGAUUGCUUCUUUUAAAACUUCAGUUGAUGUUCUCACUCUCUCGGCAACACCAAUUCCCAGAACUUUGUACUUGGCUUUGACUGGGUUUCGUGAUGCAAGUUUGAUUUCGACGCCACCUCCAGAAAGAGUUCCUAUUAAGACUCACAUGUCGGCAUAUAGUGAGAAAAAGAUCGUAUCUGCAAUCAAGUACGAGCUUGAUCGUGGGGGUCAAGUUUUCUAUGUGUUGCCACGUAUCAAAGGUCUGGAUGAAGUUAUGGGAUUUCUCGAGCAGUCAUUUCCAAAUGUUGAAAUAGCAAUUGCUCAUGGAAAGCAAUACUCAAAGCAACUAGAAGAAACUAUGGAGAAAUUUUGUCAAGGAGAAAUCAAAAUCCUUAUAUGCACAAAUAUAGUUGAAAGUGGGCUUGAUAUUCAAAAUGCCAACACUAUAAUAAUCCAGGACGUUCACCAAUUCGGCUUAGCACAAUUAUAUCAGCUACGUGGGAGGGUUGGCCGUGCGGAUAAGGAAGCCUAUGCGCACUUGUUUUUCCCUGAAAAGUCAGCGUUAUCUGAGCAGGCACUGGAGAGACUAGCAGCACUUGAAGAAUGUUGCAAUCUUGGCCAAGGUUUUCAAUUAGCAGAAAGAGACAUGGGCAUACGAGGAUUUGGGAAUAUUUUUGGGGAGCAGCAGACUGGUGAUGUUGGCAAUGUAGGCAUUGAUCUGUUCUUCGAAAUGCUGUUCGAAAGCUUAUCCAAGGUUGAAGAGCAUCGGCUUAUCUCAGUCCCUUACAAGAAUGUACAGCUUGAUAUAAAUAUAACAGCGCAUCUGUCUUCGGACUACAUAAAUUAUCUGGGGAACCCAAUGGGGAUACUUGAAGAGGCUGAGAAUGCAGCUGAAAAAGACAUCUGGAGUUUAAUGAACUUCACGGAGAAUCUACGUCGUCAAUAUGGAAAAGAACCACGCUCCAUGGAGAUGCUAUUGAAGAAGCUCUACGUGAAGAGGAUGGCUGCAGAUUUAGGAAUUAGUAGAAUAUAUGCCUCCGGCAAGAUGGUAGGCAUGUCAACAAACAUGAGUAAGAAGGUUUUCAAGCUGAUAACAGAGUCGAUGGCCUCCGAUGUUCAACGGAACUCCUUAGUCUUAGAAGAGAACCAAAUCAAGGCAGAACUACUUCUGGAGCUGCCAGGAGAGCAACUCCUGAACUGGAUCUUCCAGUGCUUAACAGAACUUCAUGCAUCGCUACCAGCACUUAUUAAAUACUAAGUUUUGUUCAAAAGAAAAAAUCUACCACUUUCUUAACUGGUAUUGGAUUCUCAAUGAAAGAUUGCAUCGCCAUUGGUACCAUGCCUCAGCUCGUUUGAACAGAAGUCCUUGGGCAGUCACCUGAUUGGACUUCAAAGCUGGUUGCACUUGUAUAAAUCAUAUAAGCUCAGAGUAGGCAUAUUCCAAAACAAUGACUGGUAGAUAUUCGAAGCCAUAUUUCUACUAGCAAUGUGGUGUAUAAAGAUUCCUUUACAGUACUAAAGAACCAGGUUCAGUGCAGUUGCCAUUCUUCUGCAAUAUAGUUGAAUCAUGGGAUAACUUAUAAUUCCAACUUAAUACGGUUGAUUACAACUUGCUACAUGAAAGUCCAGCAGUACCCAGAGUGUGUCGGAAAGAUUUUCCGUCCAAUGUAUGUCUGUACAAAGGCCGGCUUAUAUCGAGAUCUUACUUCUGUUUUUCUUGAUCAUUGUAGCUGGGCCGAGGCUUCCAAGUUUUUGUAGUUUCAAAAUGAAAGUCAAGUUCACUAUUGAAAACCUUCUUAUGCUUGCAGCAGUAGGUCUUACGUCCCAUCUUGACCAAAUGAAACAAUCCAAUUUCAUAGUGGGAUUUUGAUGUUUUGGUCAUUAGAAUUGAUUAAUGUACGUUGAUGAAAUUUGUUAGUUAAUUCUCAUAUCUUAA